GAGAGAGAGAGAGACAAGGAGAGUUAGAUUAAGGAAGACAAAGACACAGAGACACACAGACACCAGGAGAGAGAGAGAGACAGUGAGAGACAAGGAGGAGAGUUAGAUUAAGGAAGACAAAGCCACAGAGACACACAGACACCAGGAGAGAGAGAGAGACAGUGAAGACAAGGAGGAGAGUUAGAUUAAGGAAGACAAAGACACAAAGACACAAAGACGCACAGACCAGGAGAGAGAGACAGUGAAGACAGACGCAGCAACACAGAGAGACACCGAAGGCCAAAGGGUCCGAGAGAGAGACCCGGGACAGACAGAAAAGACACAGAGGCAAGAGACAGGGAGAGGACAGGAGCGAGACAGAAUAGACACAGAGGCAAGAGACAGGGAGAGGACAGGAGCGAGACAGAAUAGACACAGAGUCAGGGGACAAGCUUGGGAGAGUGGGGGGGGGGGGAGAAGGGCUCGCGUCUCGAGACAAUAAUCUCGUGGGAAAGUCUGAACGGUGGACAAGGUGGGACAACGUGGGACAAGGUGGGAUAAGGUGGGACAAGCUGUUGACAAGGUGGGGAGAGUUCUCAGGUGGAGAGAGUCACUCGCCCAAGCAGAGGCCCACACUACUCCCACUCGCGAGGACAACUUUCUGACGAGGACAAUCCCCCCGGCAAGGGACACCCACAGUCUCCCGUCGAGGACACUCCGAUUGCUCUGCUGGCAAGGGAGUUGCGUCUGGCGGUGAGGGCAUCGUCCUGCUGGCGAGGAGCAGGGAGGAAGUUGUCAGGAUGGUGAUGGUGGUGGUGAAUAACCCUCCUCAAGGCCCCGUGAGAGAGGCCACGCUCCGCUACGGCCUCGUGUCCGUGGGCCUCUUCCUCGCUGCCCUCGGUGCGCUGCUGUCGGGGGGCGAGUGGCCGCACGUGUACGGGACGUUCUGCGCCCUGGGGGCGCUACUGACGGCGGCGGGAGUCGCGUGGAGUCUCUGCCAGUGCUAUCCCAAGGUGGUCUUCAACCCCAUUCAUGAAUCCGACUCGCUGCCGUUUCUGCUCGACCCCGGGACAAAACCUCGCACGUUGCCCCUCGCAUGUCUGGAGGGUUCGACGAACGACAGGGGGCAGACCUCGCCCACCUUCUGCUCCUCAUCCUGGAGCACCCCCCCCAACCUGACAAUUGGAACCCCUCCACCUGCCCCCCGCGGGCCCCCCACUUCGGCCCCCAGCGGCAAGGGGGCCCGGGGCGAGGUGGAAGAGGUGGUGGAGGAGGAGGUGGGGGAGGAGGUGACCGGAUGCUCGGUCCAGGUGCACAGCGACGAUGCCCAGCCUGACCCGGCCAGCCCUGCGAAGCCCCCCCGCUACGAGGAGGUGUUGGGGGGCUCUGUGGAGACGGCCCCCCACUGUCCUCUCUGCCGGGCAGAGUCGAUGGAGGGGAAGGAGGCGCGGGAUGAGGUGGAGGAGGAUGAUGAUGAGGAGGAGGAGGAGGAGGUGCGUUGCUACGAAGAGGCGGCGGACUUCGGGGCCUCGCUACGGGAGGCGGACAACCUCGCGAGGGAGAUCGACUCGGAGAUAGACAGGGAGGUACAUACGGAGAGAGACACCGUAAGCCUCAUCUCUGAGACCACGUAGGCUCCCGUGGGAGCUCACUCUCAGCGCAAGACCCAAGAGUCCCAACGCUAGCGUUCGAGCGCCAGAUGUUUAGUCCGCUGUCAUUUCAUUUACAAUUUAAAACGCAUUCCUGCGGAGGGAGCUGGUAGUAGGAACGUUGGGUUGCUCGGUCAAUGGCCAGGGUCAACGGGCGGCACC